AACAUUUGAAAUUUUGAUUUUGAGGAAGUUUGAGAAAUUCGAAUGUCGAAUGUUUUCCUGAUCGAAUUUUUGUGUGUAAUAAAAUUCGAAAAAUUACAGAAAAAGUCAAGAUAACAGGAUAAAUUCUACUCCAGGGACCGUAAAAAUAGGUCAAGAUCAGGAAAGUUCGAGAUACCGGGUAUGUAUAUAGUUGAGAUAUUGGACGUAUUUUAGCCUAAGGAGGGUUUAAAUGUGGAAGGGAUCAAUGAAAAUAGGUCGAGAUAUGAAAAGAUCGAGAUAACAGGUAGUCGAGAUAACGAGCGCCAACUGUAAAUAUUUUUGAACUAUGCAGGAUUGUUAGCAAGAUAUCAUAGACACAAUAGAACACCUCUGGCCAGCAGCCAUACUCAAGUUGCCACAAGAAAUGUCAAUUUGACGUUUAUGUCUGUGGGUGAAUUUUCAAGUUUGAUGUCUUUCUUUCAUUGCAAUUUGACUUUUAAGAACCAUUUAAGAAAUAAAUAAAAAUCUUGUUCUAGGAAGUUUAAUUACCACUGUAGAUUCUUGCAAGUUUGGUGGGAAAGAUGACACAAUAUCCAGUGGUUGCCACAAAAUAAUAAGUCUAAGAGGACUUCAGUAUACUGAUAAGUCUAAGAAGAAUUAGAUGAACGCCUUGUGGAUCCUCCUGUAACACUAAAAUAUGAGCUCCACUGUCAUUUUUAUCACGGCACUGGAAGUGUUGAUUUGUUGCUUAAUCUUGAUUGUGGGUGUUCAUCAAAUAUUUUUCAAUGUAGAGAUGAAUGGAUGUAAAAUGACGUGGAUGUACGAGUAUCCAGAAUAUUUGAAAGUCAAACUCCCACCUUCAGUACAGAAGAAAUUUCCUAAAUAUGGUUUAUUUAUCUAUGGCGAAGGUUCCUAUGCUAACUAUUUAAUGUCCAUGAAAGGAAACUAUGAACUCGAUGGUAUCCCUGUGGUGUUUGUUCAUGGGAAUGCAGGGCGUUAUAAACAGGUGCGUUCACCUGCUUCGGUUUCUUUAAGAAAAUCGGAGCAAUCACUGCACGAAUUCAAUUACUUCUCAGUAGAUUAUGAGGAAGAAUUGUCUGCGUUGUACGGUCCGUUCCUUCAACGCCAAACACAGUAUCUCUACCACUGUAUUAAACGAAUUCUGCGAUGCUAUAAACAUUCGAAACAGAAACCGCAAUCUGUUAUUGCGAUUGGUCAUUCAAUGGGAGGUCUGGUGAUCAGAGGGUUAUAUUAUUUGCCCAAUUUUAACACAAAUUUAGUCAACACAAUCGUUACCUUGGCGUCUCCACAUUCGGAGCCUCCAAUAAAAUUAGAUCCCGAUGUUACAAGUUAUUACAAGAGCGUCAAUGAUUAUUGGAGAAAGCAUUCAUCGAACUUGUUAGCCAACGUCACAUUAUUGUCUUUGGGUGGUAGUUUUCGAGAUUAUCUGGUACGCAGUGACUUAUGUGACAUGGGUGGUAUUUCGGGCAAUCCUUUUCACAUGAGUACCCUGACGACAUCGAUCUCACAUAUAUGGUUGGCUACUGAUCACCAAUGUAUUGUGUGGUGUAACGAGUUGGUUCGUGCUGUCACGCGAGCCUUUUUUCGAGUAAUCGAUAAACACACGAAGCAAAUAACACAAGAUCAUAAAUUUCGUGCUCACGUUUUGUCGAACUUGUUCUUUAAUGAAGACCUUUACGUAAAUACGGUAGAAAGACCCGCCAGUUGUCAACAGCUUUCACUCAGCGAGGAAGUGAACGUUCAUUAUACCAAAUCACAAGCGUGCUUUUAUAUUUCAGUAGAAUCGAACUCCCUAAAUAAAGAAGUGUUAUAUAUAUGGGCUUACACUGUCAAAGAAAAAUGGAUUUAUACUUGUGCAGUUAAUUGGGAAAGUUGUACAACGUUGUCUGCUGGUAAUGACUUCGUGCUACCUGGCACGAAACACACUUCUCGAUUCGCUUCUUUUCGAGACCUUACUAGGGUUAAAACUAUUCUUAUUGUGGCGGAUAAGUACGAUAAAGUUUACAUAAAAAAAGAAAGGCCGCCUGUUCAACAGAUAGAGGUUUCUAGCUUUAGAUUAGUCACACGUCAAUAUGUUUUUAAUCCGACUUUUUAUACCAGUGUCGGUUUAAAAUCAUUUACAGAAUCCUGGCAAGUGUUUGAAGUCACGUUGGACGGGGAUUCAGAGAAGGACCAAAUCGUAAUGGUAUCUGUACCUUGGUCAAAUGAGAUUUAUAACUUCACAUACAAAGAAAAUAGUCGUGUUUUUACGCUAAAAAUAUUCACUGAAAAGCCGAGCGAUGAGAAAUUUCAAAACGAGCAUGUUCAAAUCAUGAUGUGGCAACAUGAGAUGACGUCAGUAAAAAUUCAAGUUCGGCCGUUGCCGACGGAAAGCUUAGGUCAAUUACUCCGAUUUAAUUUGGAAAACAUUUUGCGUUACACUCUCGUGUUUGGUGUUAUUCGCAUGCUGUUGAAUAGCAGACAACUUCAUGUUGCUACAUCAUUAACGUUUUUAUCAAACGUGCGCAGAACAACGAUGCUGAUAUGUGUUGUAUUGGUUGCUAAGGUAAUAGUUUGGAAGUGGGUCAACAAUACAGGUGUUAACCUUGUACCAAGAUUGAUAUUUCCACAAAUCGGUCUGAUAUUAUUAUCAGUGGUGAUUGCUGAUAGCGUUCAUGUCAUGCUUAGUAUGAUAUUUUACCUUUGUCAAAUUAUACUGUACCCGUUCUCAGUCUGUUAUUCGUGUAUACGUCAUCGUUGUUCACGGAAAUGUACUACAUUGGCCAACGUAGGACUUGUGGUAGGGUUGUGGUCAUUUAUUCCGAUCUUGGAUGGAAAGAUUCCCAUAGCCAUAGUUUUAAUGCUUCUCCUUGUCCUUCAUGUUGUAAAAAUUAUUGGCAUGAAUAGUUCUCCAAGGAUAUUCCAUAAGAAUAUCUUACUACAACUUGUUAUACCCACGGUUGCUGUUUUUUCUGCCACGCCCAUUAUUGUUUUCGUUAAAGACAUCAUGAAUGGUUUUUCUCACCAAUAUACUUCAUUUACCAACUUACAGCUGCUAACUGCUGUCUAUGGGUGUUAUUUGACUUGUUGCUGCAAUGACGGUGAAGAUUCUCCUUUCAAGAGAGGGGAGAAAUUUAGUAUGUUUUUGUUUGUUUUGAAAGUUUAUGCUUGUGUUUGUUUACUUCCGGAAGUUGUUAUUUUGUAUAGUUUAACUUAUCUUGUUUGUGCUGUGUUAGUAGCACUUAUUCUUUUACAACAUCUGUAGGGUUGAAUUUCUUAGGCUUUUUUAAAUAAAAUUAUUGUUUUUAGAAUUUUAAAUGGAUAGUAUUUGACAUACUGUUUUAGGAUUUUAAAGGAAAAUGUUUUUGAUGUGUUUUUUACUGGUUCUCGUCUCUUUAUGAUGAACAAUUUUCUUAACUUAAGUAUGAGCACUUUUAACUGCUAAGUAACAAAAUAUUGAGAAAGUUGAAAAAGUAAAUUGAUGAAAGGGUAUAAAACGGGAAUAUGACUCCAACUUUUCAGAAAAUCUCCUUUCUUUUAAGAAAAGACGUUUAUUUUGCUUAACUCUAAUUAUUCCAAAUUGUCUGCCUUAUCAUGUUUGGUUUUUAAGACAGUAAGACCUUCCCUUGGACAAGUUGUCUUUGCUUUAGUCGCAAGUUUUUUUCAUGUAAGAAACGUUCUUUAUGUGUUUACCUUAACUUUCAUGUUGUUGUUUUUUCCAUAAUUUAUAGAGCUUAUUUUAUACCUUUUAAACUGCUCAGUUCUAUCUCGUUUAAAUUUAUUAUUUUUAAAAUUUUAUUUAGUAUUUAAAGAUUUACCUAGAAACAUAUUUGGUUGUUCUUGCAGAAAAUCUGCAGACGAGAUUUUCGCGGACUUUACUUCGUGAUUAAGAGGACUUAUUUUUUCCACUGGAAGUUCUUAUGAAGAAAAUGCGGAACUAAUAAUUAUCUACGAUGAUAAUAAUUAGUACGUUAUUUGUACUAAUUUUUGCGCUUAGUAAUUUUCGCGCUUUUUACAGAAAUUACGUCCAAAUCAAUUUACGCAAAAACAUAAUACUGCAGUUCACAUAAAAAGGUAUCUAUUUUUUGUCUAGAAUUUUACUAUUUUUCUAUGUUAUUUGCAGGGGAAUUUAAAUUCGCGCGAAAAUAAAUUUGCGUGAAAUACGUUCAUAUUACUAUUGCGCGAAAAUUUAUCGCGCGAUAUAAAUUUUUUUUCUGCAGAGCGAAGAUUAACACAAAUAACGUAAAAGUAAACUAUGGUAAAUCGAAAAUUUAAUUUCGAAAAAAUUACUUUCCGCGAAUAUUUUUUUUAAUUAGAAAUUUUAAUUGAAAACUUGUCUGCUAUUAUAGUUAUUAUUAUUCCGAAUAUUUAUAAAGGAUAUAACCACUUCAGUGUAGGAAACACUGUUAUCAAUGUGGGUCAUGUGUUGGAAUGUAUACAUUAAGUAUGCACCGGUAAUACCUACCCAAUUUCCCUCACAUGGCAUGGGUUGACCCGUAGCUGUGGUAAAGGCACUUGCUAAACAUGCCUGCGCUGUGGACCGAACCACAGAACUCCAUAACCACAAGGCCACAUACACGCCGCUAUGUUUAAAUCGAAAACGUGUUAGAUUUUAAUAAAAUUUUUGUAUUCGAGAUAUUUUUGUAAGAUCUAAUAUUAUAUUUAUGUCGUAUUGGACUUUUAGGUGCUGUUUAUAUAAGAGGCAUUACGUGAUGAUUACUGGGACAAGACGUUUUCCAGGAUUCCGCUCUUAUCAAAAAUUAUAAUAAAAAUCACUUUGUGUUUACAUGGAAGAUUUUUGUCCUGGUUAGUCCUUUAGGUAUGUCCUUGGCUUGUCCUAUUUUAGUCCCGUUCCGUCCCAGGAUAAAUACACUGUCCCAGGACGAACGAGAUAAGUCCUGCAUAUUUCAAUUGAAAGAAAAACCAUCCCAAGAAAAAGUUUUUCCGUAUAAAGGCGGGACAAAAUCAUCCAGGCAAACGUCUUGUCCCGGCUAUCGUGCCAUCUCGCUUCUUUAUAUAAACAGCCUUAAAUUUAGUUAGUAAAAAAAAUAGGCAUUAUUUAUAGUUACUUAUUUUGUUAUUUUGUACACACAAGUAAAUGGGAUUGUAUGAAUUUAUAAUACAUUUUUUUUUUCUUUCCUUUUAAACUAAAUCAAAGUUUAAUUUUUACGCAUUUUUUGUUUGGAAACUUGCGCUUUUAAAAUUUUAAAAUUUCAUUUUUAAUGCUCAACUCGCCUUUUAAAGUAUGCAACUCACCCUUUGAAUUCGAAAUUUCCAACUCGCAUUUUAAAAACAACUCGCGCUAUUUUUUAUAUCAACUCGUAAUUUUUAACUCACAACUCGUAAAACAAUUUUGCCCUAAUUUCCAAAAAAAAAAAAUCCGCAAAAUUUACUAAUUUUAUCCAGUAAAUUUCAAAGUGUUUUCUGCAAAUAAUCAUCUAAGGAAGUUGCAAAUGCUGGUUGGGUUGUUAACAUCUACAACUCCAUAAAAGAAAAGAUGUGCUAAAUGGAUAGAAAGUAGCUGGUAUAUACGAUGUUCUGAAACUUGGAAGCAAAAAAUUGCCAAACAUAGAUACUUUCCAUGAUAUUGACCCUUUAGUUAUUGAAAGUGAUGUUGAUGUAAUUAAUAGCUGCAGCCUGUCAACUAGAACAGAAGAAAUUGAAGUAUUUUGCCAUCAGAAUGAUGUAGAUAAAGAAGAUAAUGAUGAUUGGGAGCCAGAAGAUGAUGAUUGGGAGCCAGAAGAUGAUGAUUGGGAGCCAGAAGAUGAUGAUUGGGAGCUUGAAGAUGGUGAUUGGGAGCCGGAAGGUUGAUGAUUGGGACCCAGAAGAUGCUAGAAAUUUCUUUGAUGACGUUUUUAAUGUCUUUGACAAUAAGCAAUCUUUGUAAAUAUCUAUAUAUUACGUUAGUGUAAUAUUCAUUAUGCAAAAUGCAGGUUAGAACAUGUUUGAAAACAAA